UGAGUGCUUUACUCCCAAUUAUCUAAACAUUUACAACCAAUAACUACCUGCGUCAUAUGAGUGUCCUUAUGUUUUUUUCUGAGACAACUAUAUACAACUGUCUAAGUUUUUACAAAGGGAACCGAAAGUUAAUGUUAUUAACAAAACAUAUUGUCUUUCUACUUAUUUUAUCGCAUUUAAUAUUAGUGAGCGGAGUGCACUGUUGUGACAUCAUCGAUUAUGGCUGUCCAAAAUCAUUUACAUUAAGUGGACCCGUAUGUGGUUCUGAUGGGUCCAGUUACAGCAACCUUUGCGUACUGGCACGCAGAUCUUGUCAAACAUCAGGCUCAAAACUUGUGAAAGUCAGUUACGGUACAUGUGACAAAACGUCACCAAUUAUAGAAGACGAAUCAAGACCAAAUACCAAUGUCUUUUGCGUAGAUAAAAAACAUGGGAAGUCAUGUGAUGGUGAAUGCAAAGUAGUGAACAAUCACCACUGUUGCGACAUUCGAAAUCGGUGUCCAAAUAAAUUGAAGAAAACUGGAUCUGUCUGUGGAACUGAUGGACGAACCUACGGGAACCAGUGUGCACUUGCUAGGAAAUCUUGUCGCGAGCAUGGUUCAAUACUGCGGAUGGCACAUAAGGGCUCCUGUAUAAAAAAUAAACCUCCGC